AUGUCCUGGGUCUGUCGAAGUUCACUCAAGCUCUUCCCCCCUGCCCGAGCGUUCCAUGCUUCGACAAUUCGGAAGGCCUCAGGAUCAGCGAGUCCUCAAUAUAACAUCCAGCAACUGAACAGGGCGAGGCGUCGGGGCGUAUACGUUUGGGUGGCUGUUGGAUUAUCCUCGUCAAUAUAUCUGUUCUGGCCUGCAAAAUCCCGUGCAGCUCCAACGAAAUCCAAUGCCUCCCUAUCUCCUUCGUACUUUACUCCGGCCAAAGUCACAUUGAGUGAACCCACGGGGCCAGAUACCAAGCUAAUUGAGCUGACCUUUCCCCCGCACUUGCUGAAGAACUUGAACGAUUCCUGUGCCUUCCACCCUAUAUGGUCAAUAUGCAUCAAAGACGAUGACAUCCAGGUUGAGCGACCGUAUACUCCGCUGGAAGGAAUUGAUCAGGAUGGGCGCAUGAAGUUUUGGGUCAAGAAAUAUUCCAGUGGUGAAGUAGGCAGAUGGCUUCACUCCAGGAAAAUCGGUGACUCGAUAGAAAUUCGAGGUCCUGUCACGACGUGGAGCUGGAAGGACAAUGAAUGGGAUGAGGUCGUCAUGAUAUCCGGAGGCACGGGGAUCACUCCCUUCUAUCAAUUGUUGCACCACGUAUUCGACAAGGAGCCAUCAAUAGCAUCCUCUAAGACUCACUUUACUCUGCUGCACUCUUCGCGUGCCGCUGAUCAGCUACCUCCGUCAAGCAUGCUUCAGACACUCCAUAACUAUACACAAUCUCAGCCGAAAAGUUUCUCCCUGCGUCUAUUUGUAGACUCGCGCCCAUCAGGAGUCCAUUCGACGAAAAACCAAAUUCCGCUUUCAGAGGGUCGUAUAGGGAAGUCGGAAAUACAGCAAGCAUUAAGCCGAACGUCCAGCCAGAGCUGGGGAAAAAUCUUUGGGAGCAGCACCAGCGAGUCUGAUGCGUCACAAAGAAAGGUUCUGUUCCUUGUAUGUGGACCUGAUCAGAUGAUAUCUGCUAUUGCUGGUCCUUUCGGUCGAAACCUUACACAGGGAGAUGUAGGCGGAUUCCUAGGCGAACUAGGAUAUAAGUCGGAGCAGGUGUGGAAGCUAUGAGAAUGUUGUUUCCGUUUGCUCUCCCGGGAAAAGUCUUGGGGUAGCGGACGAAUCCUUAGAGCUACAGUAGAUCUAAUGGUUGCAUCGUCUGUGCUUGAAUAGUCACAGGCGUCUCUUCAUCUGUAUAUGCUGGCCGAAUUAGUAGCUUAUAUUCCUGCUCUGGCGAGUAGCGAC